AAUAGACCAGGAAGGACUGUGAUUUGUUUACGUGUUACUAUUUUUAACUGUGUUAUUAUUGUCCCAGUUAUUCCGGUUUACAUGGCGUUUCUUCGAAUCUUGCAGCUAAUGAUUGGUGCAGAGUAGGAUUUGUACUGUGUUGGAUUUGUGCUGUGUUGGAUAAUUGUUUUGUUUACAUAUCAAGACGCAGUGUAGUAAAUCGGAGAACUAUUUCAAAUCGGAUUUUUCUAUUUAAACUGCAGAAACAUGCGUGCGUUAAACUGUUAGUUUACAUACUAAUAUAAUCGCAAAGUUACUUAUAAACAUGACCUCUACAACUGGCGAAGAUGUGGUUAUCAUCAAUGAACUUGUCAACUCUAAGAGUAAAAACCCUUCUAUGAUUGCCAAAAUCAACUUUUUUUUCAUAGUGUUAUCUGAAACUAUUUACUGGUACUGCUUUACAAUCAAGUUAGAACUUAAACCCUUUGGAAACAUCUACUCCAACCAAGCUUUAAUCCCUUUUCUGGGCAACAACAUUGCCUUAACGAUGAUGUCGCUCCACAUCUUCAACAACAGAUUUAAAAGAAGCAAACUUACCGCCGUGAUUGCUGCGUGGGUCGGUGUUAUUACAUCCACGUACUGGCUGAUAUCGGUCAACUUUCUGAGUACUGAAACAAAGCAGACUGAAGGCAGCUUACGGACUAGGGUUCGCUACACAUUAUCUUCAGUUCAUCGCAGGGUUGUUGAUGAUUGCUGAUAUGAUAGAUAUCACAUGAAAAGUGACUUCAUAUUCUUUUCACAACUUACAUAUAUAUAUAUAUAUAUAUAUAUAUAUAUAUAUAUAUAUAUAUAUAUAUAUAU